CUUGACUCUCAUCCCUGUAAUCCCCACACAAAAAUUCAUAGUCACCGCCUUAAAUUGAAAUCAAUUCUGCCACUUCCAAGCUUGCUUCGACAUUUACAAACUGAAGGCUCCUCGGCAUGACAGCACUAUGAGUAAACGAGAAGCUGCCGAGGCAGCCUUUGAUGUCCCUCCGGCCAAGAGACUCUAUCGUGGAGGCCCAGAUGACUUAUAUAUUGAUGAUGCUGAGGACGACUUAACUAGCGCUCAUACUCCAUAUUCCACCCAGGACCCUGAUUCACCACAAACGGUGAACACUGCUGCUACGACUCCCCGGGCUAAAUUUCCUUCGGAUCUCAAAACUCUUGCUUGCACAUGGCCUGGUUGCCCCAAGACCUUCAAUCGACCUGCCAGAUUACGAGAUCACCUCAAUUCUCACACCAAUUCUCGACCAUUUAAGUGCCCUUAUGAUGGUUGCGAUAAGGACUAUAUAGAGGACAAGCACUUGAAGCAGCACAUCAAAGCCGUCCAUACUCUUGAGCGAAAACACGUCUGUCAAAAGGAAGGCUGCGGCAAGAGCUUUGUGACGGGUACUCGACUUAAACGACACCAGGCCGUUCACGAAGGCGAAGAGAGAUUCCGUUGCCAAGACUGUGGGCAGAGUUUCAGAAAGAAGGAGACAUUGAGCAAGCACGUUCGAAAAGAUCAUCAGGGCUUACCUGCACUCCAAUGCCCAGAGCAAGGGUGCCGUCAUGCUUUUGAGUCCAAGGCGGCCUUGAAGCGACACCGUGAUAAGGAUCAUGGCGAGGCAAAGUUCUGGUGCGGCGAAUGCGAUUUGAAGAGGAUGCCCGAUGGCACAGAACAGCGGGUCGGAUUCACCACUGAAGUGCUGCUUCAGGCACAUAUCCGCCAAGAGCAUCAAAACUGCAUUUUCUGCGAAUUCAAAUCUGCCUCACGAUGGGAGCUGGAGAAACAUGUCGAAAUGCACCAUUCCGGCCAGUCUGUCGAGGAUCGAAAGAACAUCGCCUGCCCAUACGACGAAUGCACCAAGAAGUUCACUAAGAAGUCCAACCUCAACGCCCAUAUUCGUACAGCGCAUGAGGGAUUCCGCUUCGUUUGCGGCCAAGUUGACCUCAAUAGUUCUGGCCUACAGGGCUGGACAAACGAUCAAGGCUGUGGUGAUAAGUUUAGUACCAAGAGUCGACUAGAAGAUCAUAUCCGAUAUAAGCACCUCGGCCACGAACGCCCUAAGCUCUCGAAGCCUGAACCGCCUCAAGAAAUCAAUCUUAUCGAUGAACUCUCCGGUGCUGCGAACCAGGCAGAGCGAACGAUUACUUGUCCCCACUGCCAUGAAGCCUUCAUUCGCUACCACGACCGGGAUGCACAUGUUGAGCUGUAUCACCCACCGGCUACUGACCCAUCUCUUAUCCUAGCUGGAGACCAGCUUGAUCCUGCCCAGUUCUUCUUCGAUGGAAGUUUCUCCAACACAACAAACUGGUCCGGUAUCAUGCCGGAGGAUGACAUCUUUGCCGCUACAAUGGACUAUGGUCCUCCUCGAGAUGAUUGGCCGGAGGACGAGACAAAUAUACUUCUGCUGGCAAGAGAUUCAACAGUCCAGGAUCCUCUCAUUGAUCCCGCUCUUGGUAAUCUCUGAGGAAAAGAGGACAUUUGUGGAGGUAAAAUGUUCUGGUUUUUUAAAAGGUGAAAAAUAAAAUAGAUACCCGGCCGCAAGGCCUUGACGGUGGUCAACGUAUGAGCGGCUGGCUAUCAUGACACCGUCAGGAUGUAUGAAGAAUGAAAUGCAAUGUCACAAAAGCGAUGGGAAAUGGCUAUGAUGAAAGAAAUAAAGUUGUUUGACCAAGUGUACCCAGUCCCUGCGUAUAAGUGAAAUUCUUUCCUUUCUAUCUGUAUACCGAAUGCCGAAACCCAAAAUGAUUUUAUGCCCCUCCCAAUGAAGCCCAAGUACAAGCCCAAUUGCACCCCAGACCAACACCGCGCAAGAAAAGGAGUCAAGUAAUGACAGGAACGAAUGUCAGAGCGUGAGCCCGUCCAGCAUAAAAAGAUACUGGCUAAGUAUUUAUAUGACUCGUACAAGGCUGGCCAACUAGUGAGAGCCCACCAAAGCGUUACUGAAUCCCAGUAAAGCCAUGCCAAGGAAGCCAAAGAAGAUGCAGAGGUUACGGCUAUGGUUGAGACUCAGACUCUCCACAAACAACUGCAAUGCGACACUAACCAUAAUGCCGGAAGUGACAGCAAAGAGACAUCCGUAAGCAACUGCAUUGGGUUGCAUAUUGGUCUUAUCGGCGAGCUUGAACCAUAGGGCCGCAACGCCCGCGCCAAUGGGCUGAGAAAGACCACCGAGAAAGGCCGACCAUGCCAUGGCGCGCCAGCGAGAACCCAGAGCCAUGUAUAGCGGCAGACACAUGGCGAAGCCUUCGGUGAUGUUAUGGACAAAUAGUGCCAUGAAAACAUUGAAACCUAGAGAUGGGUUUACGUGGUUGGUAGCGUAGGUGAUGAAUCCUUCAGGAAACUUGUGCAGAGCAAUGGCAAUGGAGGUCUGGAGGCCAAUGGACAAGAAUGCAUUUGUUGGAACGUGGUGAUGAUGUUGAGCUUCGACAUCUUCGUCGUCUCCUGCAGAUGAGCAUGAGCUAUCGUGUUCAGAGAGUUCCUCCGGGACUAUCGGAUCUAAUGGCUCUCGCGACUUGGCUCUGCUGGUUCGAUAUGUUGGUCUCGCAAAGGGCUCAACAGAGUCUUCACAUCCAUUCUCAUGCUCAUGCUCAUGCUCAUGAUCGUGGUGAGCAUGCGAAUGUUCAGGCGCGCGGUUCAGGAAUGAUCCAGUGGUAGUGCGCAGAAUCUGGGUUUGUCUUCCAGGUCUGCUCGGUAGACUGGUUCGGCUACUUAGAUGCUUGAAGCACUCUUGGCCACAAGGGUCUGUGAAUCCGUAGCAGGAGUUCGACUCGUCGCAAUUGCACUUUGUAUCUUGUACGAAGGACAUGACUCGCUUGUGAACUUCUCGCAUGGAUUUCCUCCUCUCAGGGAAGCCAUCCGUAAGUCCUGUGGUGGUACGGCUUCGUGUUGGACUAGCAGGACGUCGCAUUCCAUCACGGGCAGACGCUUGUCUCUUAAGAGGUUGUGUUGGGCUAUCCAAAGUGGAUUCCAGCAGAGGUGUAGACUCGGUCGCAGCAUUUUGUCCGGUACCGUUGGUUAAUUUGGAAAGCGACUUGUUGACAGGUGCUUGUUCAGGCGGCGGAUGGGAAGAUUGUCGACGACGGGCACGAGACUGUCUCCUCUCGUGGUGACAUGAGGUGUCUUUGGUCGCAUUUUCAUCGUGUGUAUGAUCGCAUUCGAC